UGAGAUUUUCUUAAUAUCUCCAUAUCACUCUGUCCUCUACAGCUGCUUCUUUUAACCCAUACACUUGCAUGUUUUCCCCUUACCACAUCCAUAAAUCUUCUCCUUGGCCUUCCUGUUUUUUUCCUCCAUCCUCAGCGUGCACCUUCUCCGCACAUGACCAACCCAUCUCUCACCUUCUCUCCAAAACGUCCUACCUGCACAGCCCCUCUAAUAAACUCAUUUCCAAUCCUGUCCAUCCUAGUUGCAGAAAAUCACGGCUGUCUUACGACUGAUAUCCUUAAAAUUAACCCCCCUACAGUGUCAUCUGCAGCUCCAGACCCAGUACGUCUUGUUGGUGGUAGUAACAGAUGUGAGGGCAGAGUGGAGCUGUACCAUAAUGGCCAGUGGGGCACGGUGUGUGACGACGGCUGGAACAUGAAGAACGCAGAGGUGGUGUGUAGGCAGGUGGGUUGUGGGAGGGCCAUUUCCGCACCCACAAAUGCAUUCUUCGGUCCUGGGACCGGUCCGAUCUGGCUGGAUAACACUGACUGCACAGGCAACGAGCACUUCCUGGUAGACUGCAGACACAGUGGCUUUGAGAAUCACAACUGUGGCCAUCAUGAGGAUGCUGGAGUGGUCUGUGGAGGCAUACUCCCUGAGCUGGUGUGUAACAAGACAGCAAUGUUGCUGGGGGUUCCAGACAACUUCAGAGUAUCCCGAUCUCUCAACCCUUUAUCAGGACACCUGGCAGACCCGAGUUGUACGGCCGGGCAUGAGGUCAACGGCACCGUGUGGUACGAGGUGCAAAGCCAAGAGGGCGUGUGUGGAAAUGUACUGAGGACUAACAGUACCCAGGCGAUCUACUCCAACAUUUUAUAUCUCUACCCUGUAAACAUGUCUACUUUCUCUCUGCCUACGGCUUUGCCUUUCACCUGCGUUUACCCUCUGUUGUUUCUGACAAGCCUGAAUUUUUCACUGAAACCUUUUCUUCCGACGCAGGAUUCUGGCCUGGUCGGUGUCGGGCCUGGUGUCGGUGCCUCCAUGGUACUGUUCCACGAUGCCAACUUCUCAUCACCGUACCCACCCGGGCCUGUUACGCUCCCCGUCGGCACGCCGCUCUACGUGGGUUUGAACGUGCAGGAGGUGGAGUCCACUCACUUCACUGUGGUUAUUGAGGAGUGCUAUAUUACAGACACACCACAUGCUAACAGCACUGAGAGAUAUUAUCUUAUUCAAAACCGGUGUUCCAGCGACCCACGUAAUGUGAUCGUGAACGUGAACGGUGUGUCUCAGAGCGCACGCUUCACCGCUCUGCUCUUCCUGUACCAGGGCAACUACAACCAGAUGUUCCUGCAGUGUCACUUCACCCUGUGUGACAGAACGACGGACUCGUGCUCUGCGAGAUGUCAGACCAGAACCACUCGCUCCUUCUCCAACCACAAAUCCCUCAUCAUCGGCCCAAUUACCUGGAACAAAGGAGGGGAGUGAUGUUGAUCUACACUGGACCACCAUAUUCAUCUUAAAGGAUAAUGUUUCUACAGAUGAGCUGAAAUAAUCAGGGAUUUAUCAGGGAUAUUCUUCAGCCUUACAGUUUAAUAGUAAAGUGUUUAAAAAAUACUAUUCGAUUAUCUGAAUUCCAUUUUUCU